AGGGAGCUGUUAUGUAAUGGUAGGAACGUUUGUUUACAGUCACCAGCUGAUGCUGACGUCAGUAGCGGCUCCUGCUGGUGAGGUGGAGGCCCGGUGCUGCUGCUCCUCGCCUACUACUGACCUUCUCCUGCUGAUCUGCCGCUGGUAACUCUCCUGCUGGUAACUCUCACCUAUUACAUGUAAUACCAUGCUAUCACCGGCAAGAAAGAAAUGUGAUUCAUCUAAGAAAUAUGAGUAAAUCGGAAGCUUUCAACAAGCUGCCGGCUUCCUGUCCCCCAUCGAGGUCAAUAGAGAUUAUGGCCCAAAGGUAGUAAGAAGUACAACAAAGAAGAAUAGAUUUCAGUGAAUUUUCCAGGAAGAGUAGUUCAUAUCAAUAUAAAAGUAUAUGAUAACAGCUGAGAAGAACGAGCUACAAAGAUGGAGACAAUGUUGCAUUUUGGUAUUGUUGACUAUGUGAUCUUUGCCACAGUCUUGGCAGUGUCUUCAGGCAUUGGAAUUUACUUCAGGUUCACUGGAGGAAAGCAAAAGACUUUCAAGGAGUAUAUGCUGGCAGACAAAGCUAUGCCAGUCAUUCCAGUGGCAUUUUCUCUUAUGGCAUCAUUUAUGUCUGCAAUUACCAUCUUGGGUGUGUCGAAGGAGAACUACAUGUUUGGAACGCAGUUUGUUGUUAUCAACAUAUCCUACAUCAUCUCGACACCUAUUGUGUGUUACCUCUACUUGCCUGUGUUCUUCAGACUCCAAAAUACCAGUGUCUACGAGUACCUGGAGAGGAGGUAUGGGAUGAUGACUCGGCUGUGUGCUUCAUUAGCAUUUUCUCUCCAGAUGACGCUCUAUAUGGGCAUAGUGUUGUAUGCCCCAGCACUUGCUCUCUCAGCUGUUACAGGAAUUUCCCUUACGUGGUCAAUCAUCACUGUUGGGUUGGUAUGCACUUUCUACUCUACGCUCGGGGGGAUGAAGGCCGUCCUAAUAACUGAUGUCUUCCAGUCUUUGCUUAUGUUUGCUGCAGUAUUCUCUGUGAUAACACGAGGGGUGAUGGACUUUGGUGUUGGGAACAUUUUCAAGAUUGCAAAUGAAGGCAACAGAUUAGAGUUUUUCAACAUAUCUCCUGAUCCACGCCAGAGACACACCAUAUGGAGCUUGGGUAUCGGUGGGUGCUUCACAUACUGCUCUCUCUAUGGGGUCAACCAAGCUCAGGUCCAGAGACUUCUCACUGUUAAAAACCUUCAUCAAGCUCGAGCUUCACUGUGGAUCCAAUGGCCAAUCCUGACUCUUCUAAGUCUCUCUACAUCAUUUGCUGGGCUGGUUCUUUAUGCUCAGUAUCACACCUGUGACCCGAUAAAGAAUGGUCGUAUUGCCGACUCUGACCAGUUGUUGCCGCUGUAUGUGGUGGAGACCAUGGGAAUGGUGCCGGGCCUCUCGGGACUCUUUGUCUCGGGAAUCUUUAGUGGUUCUUUGUCAACAGUGUCGUCCGCUUUAAACUCCCUGGCUGCCGUUACAGUCCAAGACUAUAUAUUGCCAUUUCUUCCUAGCCGCUUUGGAAUAAGGGAAAAACAAGCAACAAAGAUGUGCAAAGUUAUAGCGUGUGUGUAUGGUGUGGUGUGCAUGGCUAUAGCCUUCCUCACUCAGCUGGUGGGAACAGGAGUCCUGCAGGCAUCACUCACAAUCUUUGGUGCCGUCGGGGGACCUCUGCUCUCCCUUUUCACAAUGGGCAUGCUCUUCAAGGGUUCUAAUGAAAAGGGUGCCAUGACUGGACUUAUCACAGGGCUAAUUAUUACAUUAUGGAUUGGUUUUGGACGUCCAAAACCAAUACCUCCAUUUAAACCUGUUUCAACUGCGGGAUGCCCAACACUGAACACUACUUUGGUUUUGCUUGCACACCUCCCAGAAGCAACUUUGAAAAGUGUUGACAACUUGACUUUUAUAGAGAGUAUAGGAAAUAUAUCAGUGCCCAAUACAUUGGACUUGGAUGUAGUAAUACCACCUAUGGACAGAGUAGAAUCAACAUCAUUGUCACCCGCCCACAUAACUCCUGUUGCUCCAGAUACACAAAGGACUGCGUUCUUGCAGGAGUUGUACGCUGUAUCGUACAUGUGGAUAGCGGCAAUUGGGUUCUUUGUAACUCUAGUGGUGGGUAUGGUUGUCAGUCGAGCCACGGGAGGAAAUGACAUUCUGGACCAAGACUUGUAUGCUUCUUGGGUUCUUCCACAUAGAAAAAAUAUGGCAGCUGAAAACUUAUGUUCUGAAAAGACUGACCUUGCCAACAAUGAAGAUAUUGAACCAGUCUCUUCCUCUGCCAAACUACAUCCUGAUGGUGGGGAGGUGACCCAUUUGUGAUGCGAGUUGAUGUUGAGAGCUCCGGGCAUAUUGUAGAUAAACUUUUAUUUAAAAGGUGAUAAAGCUCAAGGUGUACAAAGUUACAAUAGUGUGGGAUUAAUCUUGAUACAAAUGGCAAAAACCAGGCCAUGUAAACCCUUCUGCUGUGACAGACAUGCAGGGAUGUUUUCUCAAAUUCUGGUUACUAUGUGGUGACCAUCCCUGGAUGUUAGGCUAUGUGAGAAACUGGGAUGCAUUUUACUAAAUGUAAAGUAUCACCUCUGACCACCAGAGGUCUCUGGAGAUAGUGGCCAUGUUAUAACAAAUUAAGCUUUCAUUGCCUACAGGGGCAAUGUGUGUACAAACACUGUGUGGAGAGAAUAUUUCUGCUUAUGCAUUAUCACACAACCCCAGCACCACCUCAGCCAGAAUAUCAUGGAUAAUUAAACAAUAUUAGCAGUUUUUUUUUAAUUGUGUGUUGACAAUAUUCUAUUGAAUGAAUUUGUGAAAAUAGUAGACAAUGUAAAGACUCAGAAUGGCAAUAAAUGUUCGUCCUAGAGAUGGCACAGUUCUCCUGUGACACCGCUGGUUGUUUAGUGUAGGGUUCGUGGGCUGUCAGUUAGCCACACGGGUCCUGAGGCUUCUCGUCUAAGUGCCAGCCAUUUGCUUGGUAUUCUAUAUUUUAGCUUUACAGGCAUUUUUUCUGUUUGGUUUGUGUUGUGUGGGCCCAGCUUGUAGGUGCAUGUGCUUAGGGCUACCUUCUGUGUGCUCUCUAGCACUCUUGCACUGACAGAGUUCACUUCUGAUGUGUUCAGGAGUUCACUCUUUGGAGGCAAGGCCAAGGAGGGGGCCUUUGCCCCCCCCCCCCC